AUGGCUUUGGGAGGCUCCACGUAUUUAAAAGAUGCCUCCAUGCUCGAACAACUGCUCGAGGAAAUCAACUUCCAGCGAACCAAGGAAAUGCGUCAACUAAUGAAGGAUGAUUCUGGAUUUGUGGUGCUACAAGGAACAACAUACUGGACAGAUCUGUUUGUGAGGCACUUCCUGUUCCAAGAGGAGCAAGCUAUUGACUGUGAUGACCUCCUGUUCUUUGUAAGGAAGAGGCAUGUAAAAGGUUCCUCUCGUUAUCUGCCUAAGUAUGAGACGGACGUCGACGUGUACCGCAAGGACUCGAAGAAGCUGCCCAUCGGCGACCCGGAGAUUGACUGGGAGGAGACCGUCUACCUCAACCUGAUCGUUCACCAGUUCGACUACACGCUCACGUUGGCGAUCUGCACGCGCACCAGCCCCAAGGAGCUGCAGGUGCUGAAGCGGCACUCGCAGAAGGUGUAUGCGUCCCCUAGUCGCCGGAAAAUGGACACGAAGGGCGAGGGCGAGGAGAUGACUUAUCCGCACAUCUGCUUCAUGGUUGACAACUUUGACGAGGUGUUCUGCGAUAUCGUGGUGAGGGAUGGUGAGAUGGUGUGUGUCGAGCUGGUGGCUCGGGGGCGUGGAGACGCGGCCUGCGCUGUCAUAUUCCUCGGCUCCAUCCGAUACGACGCGCUCACCAGGGUCUACGACGCAAGGCAAUCAUCAUUAUCGACGAAGAUGGCUCAGCGCAUGUCAUUUGGCCUGCUGGGGGGGAUGGGCCGUGGUGCUACACGGUGCGAGUUUGUACGCAUGAAGGGCCCUGGAGGCAAGGGUCACGCGGAAGUGGCGGUGUCCAGACCCCGAGGCACCGCAACGCCUGGCUCCGAGCCGGGGCUUGCGGCACCCUGGCCGGACGACAUGGACGACCCUGAGGAUAUGUUCCUCUAUCGACAUCAGCGUCGGUUGAGUGAUCCAAGUGCAAACAUCACCACAUUCAAUCGUGGAGGCUGGCGCACGCGGGAUCCCACCGACCACAGCCGCUCCGAAAAUGAUGGUCUGGAUUCAAUGAUGGAUGGCGUGGCCGAAGUGGAGGCUGGUGACCUUCGUGACGCGCGGCGCGGCUCUCAGGCUUCCUCCGCGCGGUGGCGCUGCUGCGCGGGCGGGGGCGGGGGCGGGGGUAAGGCGGGGGGCGCGGGGGGGUGUGAGCGCGACAUGCGCGAGGUUUACGCGCGGGAGACGCGCGACACUUCCACGCCCGCCUGCCUCCGAGACGUGGCUCCUCGUCGUCGCCCAUUAAGUCGCGCCGCUGUCGCUCCCCCUCCCCUACGCCCGCUCCCCCCUACCCGCUCCCGUCGCCCCGCUCAACCGGUGGACGACGAUUGCGAACUGGCUCACGACGCCGCCUCCCUCGACUGCCCCGAUGAGAACGAUUAUGAAAAGGUGGUGAAAAUGGUGCCGGGGCCGACGGUGCGCGGCACUGAAGAGCACGCGACCGCUCGCUAUGUGUCCGGGGACGCGGCGGGGGAGGGUGGGGGGUGUGGCGCGGGGGGUGGCGGGGGGUGGAGCGCGGGGGCGCGCGCCUACGUGACGCUGCCGCGACGACAGCGCGGCGUGGCCGCGGCGCUGUUCCGACGGACUCGACUCCCGCCGAGAAGAACGACACCCGAUGGCACCGACAUCUACUACUGGUGUGACUUGCCGCCGCGUGCGUUACACGAACUGGACGAUGGUGCGUACAAUCCACUGUGGGCGAUGCGAGGCUUCACGCAGACCUUCCACCUGUGGAAGGAGGGCAAAAGGCAGCAGUCGGCCCCCCUCAACGCGUACCUCACGUACGUCACGCUGCCCUGGUGGAGCAUCGCCAAAGACAUUUUGGACCACCGUGAAGAACCGAUCCUGACCUUCUGA